AUUAAUCCAAUUGUCUCUUUCGCCAUUUCUUUGACUCUCCCGCUUCCUCAACCAACCUUUCUUUCAUCUCAAAGCCUUCAAUUGCAACCUCGGCCUCAGCCAAGUCGACCCGUUACUAUUCUUGCAGUAGCUAUGCUUUCUGGACAGCUGGACGUCUAUCGGCUUGAUGAGCCUGACCUACCUUUCAUUAGUCUUCUUCCACCUCAUGACGAAUCAGCCUCUUUACUACCUUCAUCCUCUCCAUCAAAAUCUUCAAUUCCUAAUGCUCCUCUAUAUUUGAUUCGACUCGCUUCUCUUCAAGUUCAUAGCUCUCAAGGCGUCAAUCCAACAUCAUCUGUUCUCAUUUCUUCGAAUUUGGAAACCAACUUGAUCGAUGUACCACAUGCAAAACAAAGCAUGAUUGAGGACAGUGAGAAAGGGAACGCCGAAAACUCAGAGGUUUUUGAUUCGACUCUGAUGCGAACUUCAGAUUGUACUGGAGACCAAAGAAAGCUUGCAAACGAAAGACAGGAUGCUGUUCUAUACCCUUCAAAAGAGAAGACAGAGAAAAAGAACCCGAUAGUUUCAGGUCUUCCUGCUACUGCACGAUCUGUGCUCUCAGUUCUACAGGCUUCCAGUCCUACAGAGAGGCCAUCCGGCAUCGCAACUGUUCUACCGACUUCUGCUGCGCACACUGUGCCACUACCGGCUUGUAUCGUCAAACGUCGUCAGGUCUCUUUUCAGCCACUAGAAAACCCUAUAUCUGGUAGACUUGACUUGACCUGGGCUCCAGCUUCUAUGAGAUGGCCAGAACGCACAAGUCCUGAUGUUCUGCCUAUUCCCUCUCCCUUGCCACUUCCCCGGACAUCCAUUAUUAAAUGCGAUGAAUCGGAACCACUAGAGUCUAAGAAGGAUCCACUGCGAGAGGAAGAAUCUGAUGAUAGAGAGGCGAAUGAGUCGGCUAGUUCGUUUGCGUGUAUUGUCCGCGCAAAUCGGCGCAACGCAUCUUUCGGAUGCUACCUCGAUUUAUCUUCUCUCUCGCAUUCCUCUUGUCCACUUGAGGAAAUAGAUGAGUGUGCGAGCUCCAACCACCCAGCUAACCUACCUACAACACCAGCUCUAGGAAAUACACUUACCACUGCCUGCACUCCCUUUGCGGCGCCACCGGUUUGUGGUAUCGAAGGGUCUAUGGUAUGA